CACUACAGUACGCUGCACUUCCUAGUGUGAAGCAGUGUUGCUCGUAUCGUUCCUUUCUGAUUAUCUUCUGUCUGUACUCUCAUGUCCUUUGUUCUGGUUCCUCAGGACCAGGAAGCUCCAGGAUCUUUUUGUUGAUUUGCUGAUGGAAAGUUGAAGUCAGAAUUUCUGAAGAUGGAAAAAGGAUACCCACCACAGGAAUCAGCUCCACCAUACCCUGGCCCACCUUUGAACUAUGGGAAUACAGUGCCUCAGCCACAGAUGUACCCUCCACCUGCUGGCUACCAGGAAGGUGGUCCUUAUGCUCCUGCCCCAGGUGUUCCUUAUACUCUUGCCCCAGGUGGUCCUUAUGCUCCUGCCCCAGGUGUUCCUUAUGCUCCUGCCCCAGCCGCACAGCCCACAGUUGUCACUCACAUGGUGGUAACACCUCAACUGCAUGACGUCUCAGGACAAACUGUGUGUCCCCACUGCCAGAAAACAGUGCUCACCGUUACAGAGCACACACCGGGACUGAUGGCCUGGGCCAUCUGUGGCGGCCUUGCCAUCUUUGGGUGUUUUUUGUGCUGCUGUAUCCCGUUCUGCAUUGACUCCUGCCAAGAUGUGCAUCAUCGCUGCCCAUCCUGCCACAAUACUAUCUACAUAUACAAGCGAAUGUGAAUCUAGCCUGAGCUAUAUUCAAUCAGGUGGCCUUUGUAAUGUAUUAUUCAAAAAUAAAUAUAUACCAACAUAUAUACCACAGGA